GGCCGAGGCCGGCGGCGCGGCGAAGCGCCCCGCCCGCGGGGCGCCCCCGCCUCGCUCCGCGAAGCGGCGGCCGGCCCCGGAGGCGGAGGCGUACGUGCUCUCGUCCAGGCUGGGCGACUCGGCGCCGCAGAAGACCCAGGCCCUGCUGGGAGAGUACACGGCGCAGGGCAGCAACCAUGGGAGGAGGACGUUCUUCCGGCCCGGCGGGAGCGGGCCGGUGUGGCUCUACUACUGGGACGACCGCGACGGCGAGAGCGCCAGCGGCUGGUGGCUCGGCGAGAAGGUGGGCGGCGCAGACGUCUACGGCUUCUCCGCGCAGCACUCGCGGACCCCGCCCUCGGGGGGCUGGAAGGUGCCGCACGACGAGCGGCUGCAGCGGGACGUGCGGCUGCUCCCGAAGGGUCGCGAGGAGGAGGCCGACAUGCCCGCCGAGGAGCGUCUGGAGCUCGUCCGCGGCAUGGUUGCCGAUCUGGAGGGUGCAGUAUCUAAGGCGCUGGAGGCGGCGCAGGGGGUGCUCGCCGCAGAGAACGGUGCCCUCGAGGAGGGCGUGCGCGCCGCGGUGGAGCAGCUGACCGCUCGCAAGGGCGACGUCGAGCAGGCCCAGCAGCGCUUGGAGCGGCACAUGCAGGCCUCUAGCGACCAGGGCGACGGCCCGGAGGUGGAGGCGGAGCUGGUGUCGCAGCGGGAGCGGCUGAGUGGAUUGCUCGACCGCGCCCGCCCCGAGCUGGACAGGGCACAGGAGCGGCUCGCGAGCCUGGAACAGCAGGCCUCCGAGGAGCGAGACGCGGAGGCGGUGGCAGAGGCCCUGCCAGGAGCCAUGGAGAUGGUGUCCGCGGCCGAGAUGGCGGCCGAGGCCGCCGCCAGCGACGAGGGGGCAGCGCGGGCUCGCGCCAAGAUCGAGCAGGCCUGCCUCAGGGUAAACGCCCUGCUCGCGGCUGCCGAGUCUUUCGCGCCGCUGGCGCGCGAGGUCGCCGUGCGAGAGCUGAAGGCGCUCCGCGGGCGAUGCAGCGCGGCGGAGGAGAGGAUGGCGCUGUGGGAGGGCGGCGGCACCAGCGCGACGGCUCCGCUGGGGGAGGACAGGGCCGAUGCGUCUGCGGACGCCGGCUCCCUGGAGGACGCCACAGAGGGCGUCGAGGCGGGCGCGCGGCAGGCCCUGAGCGCAGCGCGCGACCUGGCGGAGGGGGGCGGGGCGGGCGCGGAGGCCCUGCGGGCCUGCGUCGGGCUGCUGCAGGAGCAGGCCUCCCGCGCGGCGGCCGUGCAGGCCAGGCUCUCGCGGGCGCUGCGCGGCGAGGGCGCGGGCGAGGCCGCGGCGGCCCUGGGGCCGCGGCUGGAGGCGGCCCGCGCGCAGCUGGAGAGGGAGCUGGCGGCGGUGCAGCAGAGGGCUCGGGCGAAGGA